AAGCUCUGGAGCACCGCAACACAGCGCACAACUCCCCGCGUCUGAUCGAUAGGUUUACGCGCAGUGGACCGUGGAUCUCAUACAAUAACAGUGCGUGCGGGGCUCGUAUUGUUUCGGAUGGUGUGUUUUCCUGCUCCUGCCUCUCUGCUGCUGCCGCUGUUCGGGAUGAAAGUUUGAGAGCUGUCGGGUUUUUAACAGAGAGCAGGAUGGAAAAGCAAAGAACCAGGAAAGAAAAGUUCUCUCUGUUUGGUUCUCGCUCCACCAGCAGGACCACCAACCCUCCGUCCUCGUCCUCCUCCUCUUCGUCCCCCGUGAUCUCUCCAGCCCACUCAUUAAAAAGGUCGGACCGGCCUCCGUGCUCCGGCGCCCCCGGCCUGAGCAAAGCAGAAUUCCUGGAGCGAGUGCGCCGCAGUAACCAGGCCUGCCAGCAGGGGGAGUACGCUCUGGCCGUGCGUCUCUACAGCGAGGCCCUCACCGCCGACCCCCAAAACUGCAUCUUGUACAGUAACCGCUCCGCCGCCUAUCUCAGACUGGGACAGUACAGCACCGCUCUGGACGACGCAAUCAAAGCACGUCUCAUCAACCCCAAAUGGCCCAAGGCCUACUUUCGUCAGGGGGUUGCCCUGCAGUACCUGGGCCGUCAUGCCGACGCCCUGGCAGCAUUCGCCUCCGGCCUCGCCCAGGACCCCAAGAGUCUGCAGCUGCUCGUUGGCAUGGUGGAGGCUGCCAUGAAAUCCCCCCUCAGAGACACCCUUGAGCCCACCUACCAGCAGCUCCAGAAGAUGAAGCUGGACAAGAGUCCGUUCGUGGUCGUGUCUGUCAUCGGUCAGGAGCUGCUGACCCACAGUUUCCACGGCGCCUCUGUUGUGGUCCUGGAGGCCGGGCUGAAGAUCGGCACAUGCUCGCUGAAGUUGCGUGGGUCUGUCUUCUCGGCCCUGAGCUCCGCGUACUGGUCUUUAGGUAACACGGACAAGAGUAUGGCCUACAUGCAGCAGGACCUGGAGGUGACCAAGACCUUAGGUGACCAGUCAGGUGAAUGCCGAGCUCAUGGGAACCUUGGCUCGGCGCUCUUCUCCAAAGGCAGCUACAGAGAAGCUUUGGCCAAUCACAGGAACCAACUCGUGCUCGCCAUGAAGCUCAAGGACAGAGAGGCUGCGUCCGAUGCCCUCAGCAGUCUGGGCCAUGUGUACACAGCUAUCGGUGACUACCCCAACGCGCUGGCGAGUCAUAAACAGUGUGUGCUGUUGGCGCGACAAACCCAGUGCCAGCUCUCUGAGGCUCGCCAACUGGGCAACAUGGGCGCCGUGUACACGGCGCUGGGAGACUUCACCAAUGCUGUUCAGUGCCACGAGCAGCACUUGGACAUCGCAAAGACUUUGGAGAACCGGCGUGAAGAGGCACGGGCAUACAGCAACCUGGGCAGCGCCUACCACUCUCAACGGGACUUCGAUAAGGCCAUAUCGUACCAUACACGAGUACUGGAGCUGGCACAGGAGCAGGGCGACAGAGCCAUCGAGAUGAGGGCAUAUGCUGGACUGGGGCACGCUGCCCGAUGCAUGCAGGACCUGGAGAGGGCUCGUCAGUACCACCAACACCAGCUAGAAAUCGCCCAGGAGCUGCAGGACAGAGCGGCUCAGGGCCGGGCCUCGUCUAACCUGGGCAUCAUACACCAGAUGAAGGGGGAAUACGAGGCAGCACUGAAGCUCCACAAAGCCCAUCUGUCCUUCGCCCAGGAGCUGAGCGACUACGCUGCCCAGGGGAGGGCCUACGGGAACAUGGGCAACGCCUAUCACGCACUCGGCAUCUACGACCAAGCUGUCCGGUACCACCGACAAGAACUACAGAUCUCACUGGAGGUGAAUGACCGUCCAUCCCAGGCCUCCACACAUGGGAACCUAGCUGUUGCCUACCAGGCGCUGGGUGCUCACGACCGAGCUCUACAGCACUACCUUCAUCACCUGACCAUCGCACGAGAGCUCCGAGACACUCAAAGCGAAGCAAGAGCACUAGCCAACUUGGGUAACUUCCACAGUUGGAGAGGUGAAUAUGCUCAGGCUUUGCCAUACUACCAGCAGUACCUGGCUCUGGCCCCAGGUUUGCAAGAUCUGGAGGGAGAAGGCAAGGUUUGCCACAACCUCGGCUACGCUCACUACUGCCUGGGACAGUACCGAGACGCUGUCAGGUAUUACGAACAGGACCUGGCCUUGGCGAAGGACCUCCAAGAUAAAUUCGCCCAGGCAAAAGCCUACUGUAACCUUGGUCUGGCCCACAAAGCACUUGGGGAGUACAACAAAGCAGAGGAGUGUCAGAGAUACCUUCUCUCCCUCGCACAAGCCUUGGAUAACACACAGGCGGUGUUCAGGGCCUUUGGGAAUCUGGGGGAUGUGUGUGUUUGUCGGGGAGAUCUUCCAGGAGCCGUGAGGUUCUACCAGCAGCAGUUAACCCUCGCGCAGAAGGUCAGCGAUCAGAAGAUGGAGGCUGAUGCAUACUCAGCACUUGGAUCAGUUCACAGGCUUCUCCGCCAGCUGGAUACAGCGCUAUCCUUCCACAGCCAGGAACUCACCGUCCGGAAGGAUCUAGGCGAUCAGCAGGGGGAGUGCCGCACCCUUGGCCACUUGGCGGCGGUACACAUGGCCCUCGGAGACUACGCUACAACUUUUCAGUGUUAUGAGGCCCAGCUGGGUCUCGCACAGGGACUCAGGGAUGCCCGCCUGGAGGCCCAGGUCCAUGGGAAUAUGGGCAUCACCAAAAUGAACAUGGGGGUGUUUGAGGAGGCGAUCGGAUACUUUGAGCAGCAGCUGGCCAUGCUGCAGCAGCUCAGUGGAACUGAGAGCAUGCUGGACAGGGGUAGGGCCUACGGGAACCUGGCAGACUGCUACGAUGCUCUGGGAGACUAUGAGGAGGCUAUUCAGUACUACGAGAAGUACCUGACGAUGGCGCAGAGUCUCAACCAUGUUCAGGACCAGGAGAAGGCCUACAGAGGGCUCGGCAAUGCGCACAGGUCGAUGGGAAGCCUCCAGCAGUCGUUGGUGUGCUUUGAGAAGCGGCUGGUGGUGGCCCACGAGCUGGGUGGAGAAGGCGGGGGUAAAGCUCAGGCUUAUUGGGAGCUGGGCACUUUACACAGCCAGCUGGGCAACUACGAGCAGGCCCUCUCCUGCCUGGAACACCAGCUUAACAUUGCACGCACAGCGGGGGAUAAAUCCCUGGAAGCGGAGGCGAGCGAUGCUCUUGGAGGAGUUUAUCAGCUGAUGGCAGACAACGAGACGGCGCUACAGUGGCAUCAACGGGCGUUAGACAUAGCCGAGCAGACGGGAUGUGUGAGGAGUCAGGGCCGAGCCUACGGCAACCUGGGACUGACCUACGAAGCUCUGGGCAACUACGAGCGAGCCGUGGUCUUCCAGGAGCAGCACCUGAGCGUGGCAGCGCAAACCAACGAUCUUAUUGCCAAAACUCUCGCCUACGGGAGCCUUGGGAGGAUACACCACGCACUGCAAAACUACGCACAGGCUGUGAUGUACCUACAGGAAGGUCUGCGUCUGGCAGAGCAGUUAGGUCGAAGGGAAGAAGAAGCUAAGAUACGCCAUCGCCUCGGCCUGUCGCUGUGGGCCGGAGGAAACCUGGAGGAGGCACAACACCAGUUGUACAGAGCGUCCGUGCUAUUCGAGACGAUUCGUCACGAGACGCAGCACAGCACGGAUUACAAGCUCUCCCUGUUUGACCUGCAGACCAGCUCGUACCAGGCUCUCCAGAGGGUCCUCGUCAGCCUAGGGCGGCACGACGAGGCGCUGGCGAUAGCGGAGAGAGGGCGGACGCGCGCCUUCGCCGAUCUCCUGGUCGAACGCCAGAAAGGGAGUCAGCAAGCGGCGAGCGCCGACCCUUACGUCCCCGUGACCGUGGAGAACAUCCUGGAGACGGUCAACGGUCAGAGAGCCAUGGUCCUCUAUUACUCCCUGGCUGGAGGCUUUCUGUACAGCUGGCUGAUAUCUCCAGGGACAGGUAUCGUGAAGUUUAACGAGGUGUAUCUCGGAGAGGCCGGAGUGGAGGCGUCUGAGCUCCAGGAUGGUGGUGGUGGUGGUGGUGGGAGCCCACAGGGUGGAGGAGGAGCAGGCGGAGGAGGUCCACUGUCUAUGGAGCAGUACAUCUGCAACGCUAGAGAGGCUCUGGGAGUGGACAGCCAUUACAGCAGAGUUUGCUCCAGCAGUGAAACAGAGAGUGAAGCCGGAGAUCUGUUGGAGCAACAGUUUGAGGAGCUGAACAACAAACUCACCUCAGCCACUGACCCCACAGGCUACCUCCGCAUGGUGUCCAGAAACAACCUCUUCAACAGAAGCUGUCAGAGCAUGACGAGCCUGUACAGUGCCACGGUAUCUCCAGUGAAGGACAGUUCAUCAUCUCCUCUUUGCCGACCGAGUAACAUCAGCAAACCUCCUCUACGAGCUCUUUACGACUUACUCAUAGCACCAAUGGAAGGGGGUCUGAUGCACAGCAGUGGACCGGUGGGCAGACACCGACAGCUCGUGUUAGUGCUGGAGGGGGAAUUGUACCUGAUCCCGUUUGCUUUGCUCAAAGGCAGCUCCUCCAACGAGUACCUUUACGAGAGGUUCAGUCUCAUUUCUGUACCUUCGUUAGGCAGCCUGGGAGCCACAAUCAAGCCUCAUCCUCGUCGUGGCGGCCCCUUACUUUGCUCAGAUGGAGGUUCAGUAGCCGCCGUGGUCGGGGCUCCUCGCCUGCCUCCCUCUGUGAUGGACCGCUGGCUGUGGGGCCCCUUACCUUCAGCCCAAGAUGAAGCUCUUUGGCUGGGGGAGCAGCUGGGAUGUCAUCCCCUAACCGGAGCAAACGCCACAAAGGAGCGCGUCCUAGCGGCUCUGAGUCAGGCGGAGUGCGUUCACUUUGCCACUCACAUAUCCUGGAAGCUCGCCGCUUUGAUUCUCGCCCCGAGCCAAGAGCACGCCGGAGGCGACGGGGCGGGCGGGCGACCCAGGGAGAAGUCUCCGAGUGGAGCGUCGACCUCGGGCGAGACUGCAGGUCAGGAUGGAAAGAUCAGGGGCUCGUUUAGGAGUCAGAGCAGCCCGGAGAGACUCCGAGCGACGGAGGAAAUAAGCGAAGAUGGAGGAAGUGUGUGUGAAGUGGAGAGUGUGUGCAACAGUCCACCCCUCCACGACUUCCUCCUCACUGCUGCAGACAUACUGGACCUGUGCUUGAGCGUCAAACUGGUGGUUCUGAGGUUGUACCCAGAGUCCAGCUGCAGGGUGUCGGCCGACGGGGUGGUGGGUCUGACCCGGGCCUUCUUGGCUGCCGGGGUCCAGUGUGUGUGCGUGUCCCUGUGGCCUGUACCGAUAGCUGCGUCCAAACUGUUCACGCACACCUUCUACACGGCGCUUCUCAACGGGACCAAAGCCAGCGCCGCUCUGACGGAGGCCAUGAAGACGCUGCAGAGCAGCAAGCACUUCUCGCAUCCGUCCAACUGGGCCGGUUACAUGCUGAUCGGCAGCGAUGUGAAGCUGAACAGUCCGAUGUCGCUGGUGGGCCAAGCCCUGGCAGAGAUCCUGCAGUACCCAGAGAGAGCCAGGGACGCCCUCCGAGUGCUGCUGCACCUGGUUGAGAAGUCUUUGCAGCGUAUUCAGAGCGGGCAGUGUAACCCGAUGUACACGUCGCAGCAGAGCGUGGAGAACAAGGUGGGUGGGGUGCCCGGGUGGCAGGCCCUCCUGUCUGCGGUGGGUUUCCGGUUGGACUUCUCUGGCAGCGGUGCCGGCCUCCCUGCGGCGGUUUUCUUCCCCACCUCGGACCCCGGGGAUCGGCUGCAGCAGUGCAGCACCACUCUCCAGUCUCUGCUCGGUCUCACUCCUCCAGCUCUGCAGGCUCUCUGUAAACUGGUCACAACAUCCGAGGCCGGAGAGCAGCUCAUUCACAAGCUCCACCAGGUCCUCGUGCAGCUGCAGUCGGGCGACAAAGAACAAGACUUUUCUCUGGCUCCCAUUCAGGUGUCGAUAAGCGUGCAGCUCUGGAGGCUUCCAGGCUGUCACGAGUUCCUGGCUGCACUCGGUUUCGAUCUCUGCGAGGUCGGUCAGGAGGAAGUCGUCUUGAAGACUGGAAAGCAGGCCAGCAGGCGCAUCAUGCAUUUCGCUCUUCAGUCUCUUCUCGCGCUCUUCGACUCCACAGAGCUUCCCAAGCGUCUGAGCAUGGACAGUUCGUCCUCCCUGGAGUCCCUGUCGUCCUCCCAGUCGGCCUCCCAGCCUCACUCCUUACCCCUCUCCUUCGGCUGUUACCCGCCCCAGCCCUCCUUCUUACCCCCGGUCUGCCCCGACAACCUCUCCUGCGACGCCAUCUCCGUCUACAGCCUCAGCUCCCUCGCCUCCUCCCUCAGUUUCCUGUCCCGACCCGAGCCUGCGGGAAGCGACAUCAUCAGCCAGCGCUCGCACCAGCAGGACGUAGACAGACCUCGCGGCCUCUACGCCUCGCACCGCCACUCGGGCGGCCUGCAGAGAGGUCGACUGACCAAUCACGGAGGAGGAGGAUUGGCAGGAGAAGGGGAGGACGAGGAGUACGAGGGGUACUCCAUUAUCAGCAGUGAGCCGUUAGGGCGAGGGAGGAGGGAGUGCGACACUCUGCCGCUGCCUGCCGGGCACAGACAAGGCCGAGGCGGCGCUGGGAGAGGGUCUGCCGGCGGUCACGGGUACCCCGUCACAGUUUCCUCCAAGGGAAGCAUCAGCACACCUACGUCUCCGAUCAAAGCUCCGCCGCUGCCGCUGAAAGUUCCCAGCAGCCCCAAACCCAAACAGGAAAUCUCAUCUCCUCAGAGGACCGGCAAAGGAAAGGUCAGCAGCUCUGAGUCGGACCAGUCCAGUACCGAGACGGACAGCACGGUCAAGUCUCAGGAGGAGAGGACGGUCCCCGCGGGACAACUCGAUCCUCAGGAACUGGCCCAGAAGAUCCUGGAGGAGACCCAGAGCCACAUGCAAGCUGUGGAGAGCCUGCAGAAAGCAAACAUUAGAGGGAAGACGGCGAGAGGGCCCGAGGGGAGGCAGGAGGCACACGGCAAGCAGACCUCUCUGUCUACACCCGCAACCCCGACUCUGACGCCCACUGGAGGUGCACGAGGGUUUCAGCCGUCAGAGACGAGCGCGUUCAGCAGACCGCCCAGCAGAGCGAGUCUGAAGGCGUGCUCCUCUCCUCUUUCCUUCCCUAGUCACCUUUCACCCGUCUCCACUUCUGUUUCAACACCUCCCCCAACUCGGCCUAAACCGCCGUCCCGCUCGUCGUCGCUGCAGAAAAUCAGCUCGGGCUACAGCAGCCCAGCUCACUCGUCUCCUUCGUUAUCUCUCUCUGUGAAGGAGCAGGCUUCCCCCGACGUGCACUCGCAGGCUCAGAUCAAACUGAAAUACCCUACCUCACCUUACACCGCCCACAUCUCACCUUCCCACUCUCCCGCCGGCAGCGCCCCGUCGCCGUCUCUUUCGUACUCCUCCACGGGAUCCGUCUCGGCGUCGUCCAGCCCGGCGAACACCCCCGAACUAAACCAGUCCAGACAUGAUAAUAAAGUCCAGGCGAUUCAUAAUUUAAAAACCUUCUGGGCCAACGCUGGCCAGAAACACGACGUGCCCUGUCCUGCCAGUUUACUCCGAGGUGGGAAUAAAAAAAUGAGUACAGUUCAGAAAGAUGUUUUGGGUUUGCUUAAUCUCUCGCCGAGACACGAGUCCGCCAGCAAGAACGGAGAGUCACCCGAGGAGCGCAACACUGACGACAGGCCGAACGGUCACCAAAAACUGGAGGCCAAACCUCCACCACCUCCAACAAACUCUAAAGGAGGCAUCAAACUCCCCUCUGGGAACGGCUACAAGUUCCUCUCACCUGGACACUUCUUUCCAUCGUCUAAGUGUUGAGAGUCGGGCCAAUCUUCUCUUUCGUUUUCGGUGUUUGUACCACGACAGAAGCUGUCCGUUUCGUCAGCCACAUUUUUAGCAAUACCUGCUGAAGACGAGGAUUUCAGAAAGUACUGUUUCAUACGUGUCAUUGCUUUUUUUUUGUGAAGGGAUGUUAAUGUUCUGAAUGUGAUGACUGUGCCUUCUUCUGGAGAGAGAGAGAGAGAGAGCUGGGAGGACAGACUAACUCUAAGAGAAGUCUCUGGCUUUAAUUGUGUUUUCAUGACUGACUAGAGCGCAUGUGUCUCGAUGCCUCCAUGUACUGUACUCGCAGUCUGUCGACUGAACGCCUGAGAAAAAGGAGAACGUUCCAAACGCUCGCUAUGUUUGUGUAAGUUGACCUGAAUUUGAUUUAUUGUGUAAUAAUUAUUGUUAAAUGUCAUUAUCGAUGCUUAUUAUUGUCUUUUAUUUUGUAAAGUAAACUGUGUUUUCCAGUCAUUAUUACACAUUUUAUAAAGACAAUUAAACCGAGGAGGAAAACAUUUCCAUA